GCCAGUUUUGUUUGCAUGAAUUGAAACAAAAAGUUUAGAUUUAUAUGAAGUUUUCAAAACUCUACAACACACAACACAAACUAUCCCCAAACUUCCCCAAAGCAGGAACAUGUGCCCCGCCCAUUUUCGUAUGAACUACACGUUUUGAAUCAAAGUUGUAACUUGUUGCAAUGUUCACCCCGGAAAUAGAAUAGCCAAGUAAACCGUUUCUGUACUGCGCAUGUGUUGUGUACAGAAACAUGGCGUCGGAAGAGGAGGAUCAAGAUCUGGAAUCUCUUCGGGUUGCAGUGUUGGCUUCCCUGAAAACGAAGUCCCAGCAAGCAUCGCCUACAAGCAAUGAUGCCAAUUCUCAAAGCCCGAACCCAGCUACUGAACCCUCUGAAGAUAAGCAAGAAGAGGAAGAACAAGAUGAGGAUGCCUUGAGGAGAGCCGCCCUCAAAUCAACCAAAGAAAUCAGGCUAGAGGAUAUUCCUACGCCACCGGCACCACAGCCAACAUUCCAACUGAAGGGCAACCUCAUUGCCAUUCAGCCAGUACCUGAGCAGCCGGCACCAGGCCCCCUCAACCCAAAUGAUAGACCCAAACUACCUCGGAACAACAAGUUUGCUCGCUUUGCCUCCGACGAUUCCGAAUCCAACAGCGACACAGAUGAUGAUAGCAGUGAUGAGGAUUCGGAUGGGGGAUCAGAGAAUAACAAAAAGGGAAACAGCAGUGACAGCUCUAAGAGCUCAUCUUCGAGUGAUGACAGCUCAAGUAGCAGUGAGAGGAGCGAUCACUCCUCAAGAUCAAGCAGUGACAGUCGUUCAAGCUCUUCCUCAUCUGCAUCGUCAUCAUCGUCCUCUAGUUCAUCAAGUAGUUCAUCAUCCUCCGACAGCUCUGACUCAGAUUCAGAUGAUUCCCGUAAAGGCCAUAAACAUAAGAAAGCUGGCAAACGAGACUCACGGAGGAGAGGCAGCAUCAGUAGGCACAAGAGACAUGAGAAAGAGAGAGAUGCCCGAAGGAGAGACAAUAGAAAGGACCGACGCCCGGAGAGGUCUGAGAGAGACAGGGAUCGCGAGAGACCAAUACUUUCUUCACAGAGGGGAAGAGAUGGCCGGCCAUCCAGACUCAGAACACCCCCCAGACAAGGGAGCGAGCCACACAGUUUCAAAAACCCCGCCCCUGACAGGUUACGGAGAGACAUGGACAGAUUAAGAACAAGAUCCAGAUCCCCGAGAACGAGAAGGGAUGGGCGUAGUUUACGGACACGCCCAGAUGGAACCCGGGGAUUCGGGACCAGUGAGACUAAAGUGCCUUCUGCAAAUGAGCCAUUAGAGUAUCGUUUGCGUAAACUCGCAUCCUAUGAGAGCAGCGGAUCUGAUAGAAAAAGAGACACUCGUGAGUUGCUGUCGAGCCGAAGCCACAAGAGUGGGGAAAACAGGACAGAAAGAAGUGAUCGUGUACGAAAUUCAGACAACUCAAGGAAGUCUGAUGAAAAGUCAAAUAAAAUACAAAGCAGCUCUAAAUCGAAACGCACCUCAUCUAACUCUGACAGUGAUUCAAACUCUCACUCUGACAUAUCCCUGAGUGACAUGGAGAGUGAUUCUGACAAGGAAACCUCUCGUUUUAAGCAUGCCAAGGGGGAAAAACCUCAGAAUGAGCUUGAGGUGCGUCGGAGACAAGUCCCUCGGUCGUACAAGGACAGGUUCAGUCGAGAUGACAGACCAGAUGAGCGUAGGAGAGAGGAACGUCGGAGGAGAGAUGAUGAUAGACAGAGAGAUGACAGACGGAGAAGAGACAGGUCUAGUGGCAGGUCUAGAGACAAGGAAAGGGACAGAGAUGAUGCACGCAAACGCGACAGUGACAAGCACAGAGAUCCCAGCAGGUCCAGCAAUGGGCCCAUGUCAGUUGUCAAACCAAAGACGGCAGAUGAGUCAAGCGCCAAAAAUAUUCCCUCGCUCCUGGACAUAAAAGUAAGAAAUCCACACCUCGAUCCCGGUCUUAGACCUGACCUCAAAAGUACAUCCAGACUUGAACAAAAUAAAACAAAUCAGAGCAGAAGACAUCGUGACAGGUCGUCUUCUGCUGGGGAAAAAUUUGCCUCCCCGGACAAAUUGAAAAAUUUGGAGAGAAAGUUUGAGAGCGAGUCCGGGUCAGAUGGGGAAAAAGUCCCAACUGGGCCUCGCAGCAUUGUCAAAGUGGACAACAAAACAGAGAAGCGGAGAGACUUGAAAUCACGUUUGGGUGUGCGAGCACCUGCGACAGAGCGGGCUAAAAGUCCUGAUGCAGCCAGGCAAAAAAGGGACGAAGAUGGCAAAAGACAAUCUUCUAAAGUUGAGAGGGAGAGGAGGAAAAGGAAGUCUGGAGAUUCUAGAGCAAAAGACGGAGUACGAGAGGAAGCCAGAAUGAAUGUUAAGAAGCCCACAGCAAGAGCAAGUAGUCCUGAAAUAUGCAUCACAUUUAAUGAAGGUCCGCCAAAAAAGAAGAAACCGAUCCAUGAGAGACUUGGGAUAAAGGGAGAAGCUGGCAGUAAACCACGGCUCUCUGUGAAAGACCGCCUUGGGAAGAAGGUCCCCAACCCCAAGAAGGCAACCAAGGACCUGAUACGAGGACCUGCUGCUUAUGAUGAUGAUGAUCCACUGGAGGGUCAGGUGCCCGUUCAAGUUGCCUCAAAACCAAGGCAGUCAGUGAUCGAGCUGAAGACGCGAACAAAACGGGAUGCGGAGAGCAAGCGUCAAGCGGAGAAACAUAAACGGGAUGUAGCCGUAAAGAAGCAGGAGACGGAAAACAGGAAGCAGCUAAACGAUGAAAGCAAGCCUUGUGCCAAAGAAGAAAAGCAACAGGAAAAUGAUGUCAAGAUUCGAGAGCCAGAAAAUAAACAAGAAUACAAAACUAAAGACAGUGCAGAGAGUAACAAGGAGAAUCUGGAAGGCAUUGAGCAUGCUAAUGCAGAGACCAGGGCUGUGGACAAAGGUGAAGAGAGUUCCUUGGGUGUUGAAGCUCCAAGUGAGGAGCAGAAUCGCAAUGAAAACACUCACCUUAAAGAUGGCACAAAGAAUCAGGAAGAAGUAACAGAGGUGCAAAGGAAGACUAAGAUCAAACUCAGGCGAGACUCGACUCAGAGAGCCAAGAAAAGGGAGGGUAAGGUCAGCUUGCAGAAAGAGGACAGUGAGGAAAAGGUAUUCCAAGAAGUGCUAGCAAGUCCACAAAGAGAGGAGGAGGCAGAUGGGAUGGCAUCAGAGGAUGAGCCUUCUCGAGAAGUAAUCCGUUCAGAGUCACCCCACCCAAAUGACAGGAAGGUCAUCAGUGAGACCCAGAAGCCCAGCAGGAACAUAAUCCGCACUGAGUCUCCUCGUGCCAGUAGGCAAAUCGUCUACUCAGAGUCUGACAGAUCUAGCAGAAACGUCAUUCCUGCUGAUUAUGACACAUCAAACAGGAAGAUUGUCCACGAAGAGCCUGAAUUACUGGCAGAUUCAGAGGCUUCGCGGCGGAAGAUCGUCAAGGAUGAUUCCAGAUACUCUCGACGGAGAGUUUAUCAAUCAGACUUGGACUUGUCACACAGAAAAAUCAUCCAUGGUGAAGACCCUCCCCGAAGAAAGAUUCUCCAUGCUGACUCCGACACCUCAAGGAGAAAAGUGUUUCAAUCGGACCGAGACCCUCCAAGAAGGACUAUUGUCAAGGACUCAGAUAUGAAGAGGGGGGCAUCUCCCUCAUCCAGCUACGAGGACAUCCGGAGACCCAAGCUAAGCCGGGGAGCAGAGUUGUGGAAGCGAGGAAACAUCGAGGAGCAGACGCGGGAGGUGGAAAUUCGGAUGGAGAAUGAAGAAAGGAAGGUGAUCGAGGAGACAAGGGAGGCAGAGGCCAAGCGACUUAAGGAGGAGGCACUGAAUGCCAGGAUCCGGAAGAUCAAGGAGAAGAAUGCAGCCAUCCUGCAACGCCACCAGGAGAUUGAAGCCGAGAAGAUCAUGUUUGGAUCUUGAGGACAGAAUCCAGCUACAGAUUUCUGUGGAGCUGCUAAGCAGAUUCCAUGUACAUUGCUGGCAUGAAGAUGAUAGUUAUUUUGUUAAUAAGCAAUGCUAUAUUUCGUAGGAAAUCUGCCAACAUAAAAAAAGUUCAACAAAUGUCUUGCUUACAGCAGCUAUAUGGGAAUUUGUAGCUGGAAAUUGUACUGCUUCUUCAUCCAUAUGAAAUUAAGGCAAUUCUGUUUCAUCUUUUACAAGACAAAAAGAGAAGUGUGUUUUCAAAAGCAGUGAUGAUUUUUAACUCUGGCAGUGCUUUAAGCUGAUUUUCAGCCCAUUUGUUGCAGUGCCUAGUGCCAGGGCAGAUUAAGACGUUCCAAACGUUUUAACGUUAAGUUCUUGAAAUGUAAAAGUAGAAAAAAAUGUAACUUAUUGAAGAUGACUGCUUGCUUCAGCCAGACUUUACCAGAAGUAAAGGCGGUAGCUGAAACUUCACUUUUUAUGUGAAUGAUGUCAGUUUCCUUUCAAAGUUGUAAAAAAAAAACUUGCACACCACCUGUUUUGUGGCACUGUACUGCUAGAGUUAAUUGUCAAUAUCAUCAACAAGGCACUGUGGAAUCAAAGUAAAUGUAUCACAAAUUUGUUCUGGUGCCACUUCGUUUUGUAUUUUGCUUUUGUAAUGACUAAUGAGUUGUGUUGAGCCAAGGCUUCUCAAAAGUAAAUAUAUAUAGUUUGGUGCAUGUAUAGAAUUCGCAGAAAGGUGUUUACUUUGAUUUUAGUCAAUGUAGAUUAGUUUUGGCUAAUACAUGUACAUGUAUUUUUUGUUGUAAAUUUGGUGCAGAUUAUGUUUGAUGUACAUGUACAUAAAUUGCUGUUGUGUUCAGAUAAGUUUGUCUGCAUGCAGGACAUACAGAUUAAUGAUUGGUAGUGAAUGACCAGCAAUUUAUUUGACUGCUUUAUCUAAAUGUUUAGUAUUUUGUUUCUUUAGUUUAACCAGUUCACGUCGGAUGAGUAUACACGCGAAGGUUUUUCGGUAUAGGAACGGAUGACGGAUAAACACGCAAAGAGCGAGACCAGAAAUAUCUGUCUGCAACCCGCUCGCAGCGAGGGAGGCCAGAAAUAUCAGGGUGUGCUACCCGCAGCUAACGGCCUUAAUCCGUCUGGCAUCGAGGUUCCUUUAAAACAAUUCCGCACCUUGGUCUGGUCAAUUUCAAAAUUAUCCCGGCGCGAACUGGUUUUUU